AUGAAGUUUACAUAUGGAUUAACGUUCCUAUUUUUCGCGGUCUUCCUAAUGAUGGGUGGGCAAGCGUCUGCGUGUAUUUGCACAGCAGACUAUACCCCUGUGUGCGCUACAAAUGGAAAAACGGCGAGUGCGGCAAGAACCUCAGUUAA